AUGGCUGAAAACCAAGGCCCUCCUGUCACGGCGGCUACUAGUGUGACGGAGAUACCUGCCCCAGAUCCUCCCUCCACCCACCAGCCAACGCAGUUGGACAAGGCCGAUGAAUCCCACGAGCAGGCUGCUGCGUCUUCUCUAGUCAAAGAAGGUGCCGCUGCGCUUGGAGAUGCCGCUACUACCGCUACCGCCGCAGAUGUUGCCAGGAAGGACGCUGGCAAUACAGUCAAGGAUGCCGAACUCACCGGGUCCGGACCAGCGGGUGAUGCAGCUCAAAAGGAAGACAAAGAGAAACCGCCGACAGAAAACGCUCCUAGUGCUGAGCAGCCCGGCCCCGUGGCGCCUACCCCGAGGCAGGCGAAGAAAUCGGCUGAGGGCGAGGGAGAGGAGGGAGACACGGAAAUGAAGGAUAUUUGUGGUGAGACAAAGGAGUCGGCUCCCGUGCUGGCUGCUUCAGGAGUGAAGACUGAAGGAGAGGAAGUUAAGGAGGGGCAAACUGAGGCGGAAGAGAAAGCUAAGGCUCUUGUUGGUAAGCGGACUGCUGAAGAGGCGUUUGACAGAGCAAGAGACAGUGCUGGAGAAAGUGAGGAGCACAAGCCGGAAGAGAAGAAAGUUAAGGUCUAUACCGGGGAGGGAGUCAGCGCUUGGAAGGGUCUUCAGGCUGAGGGCGAAGGGGAGACGAAAGACGGAGGAGGGAAGUUGGAAGUUGAGAAGACUGAACUUGUGCCUAAGUAUUCUCAAGGAGAGGCGGAAGCUAAAACUAGCAAACAGGAAAUUGCUGGCCAGGAGGGAGCUUGUCAACACACAAAUGGUGGCAGCAGCUCAUCCCCCAAGAAGCCCGGUCGUCCGAGAAAGCAGUCGCACCUUGGGAAGGCUCCUGUUGGGAGAACUGCUAGAAAGACAAGGAGUCAGGGACCGGUUGAGGCUUAA